AUAGUCUUCAUUGUUGUAUGAUAUGUGCAAACUAUAUUUAUACAUACAUAUAUAUAUACUUGGUGUUUUUGGAAUCCCAAAUGAAAGAAGGUCAGAAAGGAAGCACAUACAUGUAUAUAUAUAUAUAUAUAAUACAGUAGAUUAGAGCAACUGUGGGUGAAACGAAGAAAGACCAUCAGCAGGUGGACCCAAUGGAAGAUGAGCAUGGAACAUGAGCACAGGACAUGGCCAUGGGACAUGUCGUAAAAUUAUCAGCCUCUGUUUUCUUUUUAGCUGUAUUAAUGCUCCGAAGUUUGCAUCCUUGACAGAUGGACAAAUGCAAGGUCAUUGUCAGCUGGACUUACACUCGAUGUUGUUGUUUACACUCACACUUUUUAUUUUCCUCCAUGUCUGCAAAAAAUAGAUCUCAUUUAUUACAACCAACCGGUCGGAUGGUAGUCCGAAUUAUUGAUGUAAAAUGCAAAGCUAAAGAAGUGACAGGCUAGCUAUCUUGCAGGUGUACAUGUACCUGAUCCAUUCUGUAUUCCGCUC